AUGGUGAAUGUAGGCUACAUAAAUUGGGCAAAGAAACUUGAUGAAGUACUUUGGUCCUAUAGAAUGGACUACAAAACACUAAUUGGAAUGUCUCCCUAUCAAUUGGUGUUUGGAAAGGCAUACCAAUUACUCGUCGAGCUUAAGCACAAGGCUUUGUUGGAAUUAAAGAGGUUGAAUAUGAAUUGGGGAGAAGCAUCCAAGGCGCGGGUGACACAACUAUAUGAGAUGGAGGAGUUCCCACUAAAGGCUUAUGAGAAUUCAGCAUUGUCUAAAGAGAAAAUGCAGAAAUGGGAUGAUGCUCGAAUAUUAACACGAGAAUUCCAUAUUGGAGAGAAUCAGCGUGAUCACGGAUAUGUUGAUGCUAUUGUGGAAUUAGGAGCAUACACUGCCUACUAUCUAUGA